UUUUUUUAUAAAAAAAAAUUCAAUUUCAUUUACAAAAUGUACAUUUUGACUAAUACCGUUAAUUAAAUAUUUAUGUGACAUAUUUCGGUCAAUAAAAAUAUGUGACGUGUCAUAUUAUUUUUUUUAAUUUCAAAAUUUUAAAAUUUUAAAAUUCAUAUAAUUUUUUUUGCUUCUUUUUGAAACAGAAAAUUAAAAAUUAAAAAAAGUAAAAGAGAUCGGAGUCAGGGAGAAAGGGGAUGAGGGAAUAAGGGGAGGAGGGAGGGGGGAGGUGGGAGGGGGAAGGGAGAAGAGGGAAGCGGAACGAUGGCCUGCCGCAGAUAGCAUCUAGCCCACUAGGAGGUGGAUCUAGCUAAUCUGAAAUAGGGUGGUGAUGAAGAAACUGAUGCGGAGACUGUCACGAGUUACGGUUACUCACUCGACCCAAUACUCAAUGCUCCGAUCUGAACAGCCUGAUCCUCCGGUGGAACCCACCAAGCAAAGAUCGGACGUACCGCAUGGACAUUUCCCGGUUUACGUUGGGAUUGAUCAGACGUCAAUGCGGAGGUUCAUCGUCAGUGCUGAGAUGCUGCGGAACCCGAUCUUCGUGGAGUUGCUAAACAGAUCGGCCCAAGAGUACGGGUACGAGCAAAGGGGAGUGUUGAGGAUUCCCAUUAACGUCGUUGUGUUUGAACGUGUUCUUGAAUCUCUCAGGCAAGGCCAAGAACCUUCAAAUCUUGAUUAACUUUUCUAGUUAAUUACCAAGAAAAUGUAGGGAAAAAAUUAAAAAAAAAAAAGAAAGAGAAAGACUGUUUUUCCCCUUUCUUUUUUUUUUUUAAAAGAUAUUUUUUGUUAGUUGAGAUCCUUGUUAUCGUUUGUACAUAAUGUGAUGAAGGAGAAGCAGACUAUGUUUCUGUAAAAUAGCAGUUGUUUGAGAAAAAAAAAAAAAGCGAAAAU